CGCUCCGACACUUCAAACACCGCACCUGCCCGCGCGGCGACGGCCAUUGCUGAACCAACCGACGGAAAACACUCGAAUUCCAUCCACAUUUGGAAUUCGAACGCGCCGGUCGACAGUGAUUUUUUGAAUUUUCGAAAUUCGAAUACCCGUGCAAAAGUGACAGUGUGUGGUGUUAUCAUUUCCAUCCGUUUUACCGCGAUGCACACGGUGGCGUGACACCGGGUUGACGAGCCUCAAUCCGCGAGAUGUCGCAGCCGCCGCCGGGGCGCGGGCGCGCGCGGCCCCCCGGCCCGCCGUCCCCCUUGCACUACCGGCCCCCCUCGCCGUGGGCGCCGAGCCCUCCCCCCCUCAUAUCCGGUCCGAGGCACUCCACAGCCAUCGUCUCCCCUCCGCCAGUCCAGCCGUCCCCUAAACCUUUUAGGCCUCUGCACUCCCCAGCGUUCCGGCCUCACUCCCCGUCCCCUAGCUCACAUUUUUCCAUUUCCCCGUACCCCAUGUCCCCGACUCUCGGUCAGAGUCCGGAGUACUAUUAUUCGUCUCCGUAUGAGCCGGUGCGCGAGUACGAUUACGCGGGAGUGCCCCUGGAGCCCCCGCCGCCGCCGCGGCCCAUGAUCUAUGAGGAGGAGGAGGAACGAGGCCCCUCUACGGCAGAGAUCAUCGCUAACCAGUCGCAGGAGGGCUACGUGGAUGAGAAGCUAGCGGAGUAUCAAUUGACGAUUCAGUUAUUACAAGAUGAACAGGAAAGAGUACAAAAGAAAACAUUCGUCAAUUGGAUCAAUUCACAUUUAUCAAAGCGUGUGCCGCCAUUGCGUAUCGACGACCUGAUCUAUGACCUGCGCGAUGGCACCAAGCUGCUCGCGCUGUUGGAGGUGCUGUCUGGAGAGAAACUGCCAAUGGAAAGAGGUCGCGUCCUACGCCGGCCGCACUUUCUAUCCAACGCCAACACGGCUCUCCGCUUCCUGGCCGGCAAGAGGAUCAAGCUGGUCAACAUCAACGCCGCCGACUUGGUGGACGGACGACCCGCCGUCGUGCUCGGCCUCAUCUGGACCAUCAUCUUGUACUUCCAGAUCGAAGAGAACAGCCGGGCACUGGAAUACCUGGUCGGGUCGCGCUGCGCAUCGGUCAUGUCCCAGGAGUCGGGGACGGCCACCCCGACUCACAGGGCCGAGGAUCGGUGGAAGCAGGGCGCCAGGAAGACCCUGUUACAGUGGGUGGCGAACGCUUUGCCCAAGGACUCGAACAUCCAAGUGACAGACUUCGGUCCAUCCUGGCGGGACGGUAUCGCGUUCCUGGCAAUCAUUGACGCCAUCAAAGCGAACCUGAUCAACUUAGCGGAGAUGAAGCGGAAGACCAACAGGCAGCGCCUGGAGCACGCCUUUGACGUGGCGGAGAGCGAGCUGGGCAUCGCCAGGCUCCUCGACGCUGAAGACGUGGACGUGGAAAAGCCAGACGAAAGGUCCAUCAUGACAUACGUAGCACAGUUUCUGCACAAAUAUCCUGAACCCAAGACAACAGGACCAGAUGCCGUAGCGGCAGUACAAGAGGAGUACGAAUCUCUUAGAAUGUGGUUGACGGAGCGCGUCACCACAAUUCAAAGGCAAUACGACUCGCGAACCCUUUCGCGAAACUACGACGACUACGUGCGCGCCGAAAAUGAGCGGCUCGCCCGCGAACCGACAUACCAGAAACUCGAAAAACUCAUGUACACACAGAGCCUAGUAGCAAUAGCACCCAAGUCCUGGCGGGAACUCGUCUCGCUCUGGGUAGAACUAGAGAGGCUGCACAGAAGAUGGCUUUGGCUCCUGGACGCAGAUUUGCCUGGAGACUUCAAAGUCAUCGGCGAGUGGCUUGCACGAGCCGAAUACCUUUUAUACUUCGACGAAAUCCCUUCCAACUUGGACGAGAGAACCGCCGCAAUCAUAAGCGAAAAAUUAGAAGAACACAGCUCAUUCUUCGCCAACCUCCCAGAGGUGAUCGAGAGAUUUGAAAGAGCUUUGAGAUCUCCGGAAGCGUCGAGAAUCCCGCCAGAGAGAUUACAAGAUAUGAAAGAUAGGCUUGAGACUGUCAGUCGAAGAGCACCACAACGCAAAGCCAGAUUAAAGUAUUUAGAGCACAAAUGUUGUAUCGUAGCGUUUACAGAACUUACGAGGGCCAAGCUCGCUGCUUGGACCGGUAAAUACGGUCGAGUUGACCAUGUCCGUGCCUUAUUAGAUGACUAUGACAAUUUCGUAACUAAGAAUAAAAUUUUCCAAGAGUUUGAUAGAGCAUACGUGGAUAUAAAGCAAGUAGCAGAUGAGUACAAGAGAGUGUGUGAAGUAGAUAGGACUGAAGCAAGAGAGAUUGAUGCAUUUUUGAAGGAAGUGUCUGAGACGUGGAGACGGGUAGCCUCAGACGUGAGGUGUGCCCGCAGUGUGCUUGAAGAAGUCAUCGCUCACUGGGAGAGAUGGAACACGUUGGCUGAUGACUUCACCACUUGGUUGGACAAAGCCCAGCAUAUGCUGAGGGUUUCAGAAGAUGAGAGAUUGGAGUUCUUCCACGAUCUGACUGUAUGGAAGGAGAAGCACCAGCUGUUGGGUGAUGCGGCAGGAUUCUUAGCUGCCACAUCCUCAGAAGAAAUCAGCUCAGAGAUUAAGAGGAAAUACGUUGAAAUUACUGAACGUUGGGAACGCGUCUGGGAAGAAGCUGAACGCUACGUUCGCGGAGGAGACGCUCUCCGCCACCGGCGCGAACUGGCCUCUGGCGUGCAAGAGCUGGACAGCUGGCUGGCGGCCGCCGACAACCUGCUCUCGCGCCAGCCGCGCGCCAACACCGCCGACAUCCAGGCCUACAUCGACCAGCUGCUGCAGCUCAACUCCGAAAUAGAACAUCAUGAAGAACUGUUCAAGACUAUCAGCAGGACUUUCCAAAACGCGAUUGCUGAAUUACCCCGCGAAGAGGUAGAAGGCAACAUGGCGAAACUGAAGCAGCAAAAAGAAGCACUGGUUCGCGUCAGAGCAACGGUACCAGUGAAACUACACCAGUAUAGACAGCUUCUGGUACAGCACGAGUCAUUAGAGAGCGGACAGAAGGAGAUCGGGCAAUGGCUAGACAAAGCAGAAGAUGCGCUGAGGAUGGGCGGAGAGACUCGAAGGGAAAUAGUAGAAGAGCGCUACGAGAUCCACCGCUCGUUCUUCUCGCGCACCACGUACUACCGCUCCAUGCUGGAGAGCAAGAACAAGGUGUUCCAGAACAUCGUGCGCGCCGCCGACGCCGACCGAAGCGCCGACGUCACCGACCAGGUCCGCCACAUGCGCGACCUCAACGAGAGGUGAGUCAUGCUGGCGAGCAGGAACAAGGUGUUCCAGAACAUCGUGCGCGCCGCCGACACCGACCG